UCAACUCAAUAAUUAUUUAUUUGAGUGGGGGGGCAAUUACAAAUACUUGUAAUAUAUCUAAUCAACAGUCUUCGAAUAUAUACAACACAGCCUUUAAAAAAUUAACAUCUAGUAUACACGAGCUGCAGAAAAUGUAUCGCGGGGGUACGAGUGAGAUAUGGAACCCUUGUCAAGAUUUAUUUUGUUCAUAUCCGAGCGCUGGUCACGCUGUUCUCAUUUUAAAUACCGAAUUUAACUUGCCUCCAAGCAUUUUGCUCAAUUUGUGGAACCAAGCUAAAGUUAGGGUAACGGUGGAUGGGGGCACUAGUAGGUGGUUGUCGUGGCUGAAAUCACACCAUUUGGAUUACGAGGGGGUUCACCCGCCUGACCUAAUUACCGGAGACAUGGAUUCGUUGUCAAAAGAUGUUUUAGAUUACUUUGCACAAAAUCAAGUAACAAAAGUUGUUAAAACACCCGAUCAGAACAACACUGAUUUCACUAAAGCCCUAAUCGAAUUGAAUAACACUUGCAUAGCACAAAAUCUACAACUUGAGUCAGUUUUUGUCAUUGCAGAUACUUGUGGAAGAUUUGAUCAAAUCAUAGCUAACAUUAAUACUCUUUGUAAGGCACCGAAAAUUCUAAAAAAACUUAAAGUUUAUCAAGUCGCAUCAAAUUCAAUCACCUGGUUAUUACCAGACGGGGAUCACACAAUUCAAAUUCCUUCAAAAUUGAGGAAAAGCAAUGAAUGGUGUGCCUUAAUCCCCCUCAAAUCACCAACGUAUGCCACAACGACGGGUUUAAAAUGGAAUCUAAACCAAUCAAAAUUGGAGUUUGGGGGGUUAGUAAGUACUUCAAAUACAUAUGAUGGCGUUUCGUCUGCAGUCACUGUUUCCAACGAUAAUACUUUGAUUUGGUCAAUGGGAAUAGAAACACUUCUAGAUGGUGAUAAACAUAAAUUUUAAAUUGAAAUAUUGGGUGGCCUUAUUCCUUAAUAGACGAUUCACUUAGAAAAAAUUAUAAUAUAUUUGUAGUAGGUAGCUGGUAUCUGUUUAAAAUUGCUGUGAAUAGGCAACUAUAAUCUAAAAGUUCCUCAAAUGUAAAAACAAAACUGAGCUUUAAAAUAAUAGGAAGUAAUUUGUCCUUGACUGUCCUCCGCAAUUCAAUACAGAUAUUAAGUGCUAUUGAAGCCAUGACUGUGUCAUUUUUUUGAAAAUAUUUAUUUUUGUAUAUAACGUUAAUAAAAAUUUGGUUGUUA